AUGUCACAUCCAGGAAAUGAACAAGACUUUGGUUCGGAAGACGAAGAAGAUUUCAACCCUGCGCCGGUUGACGAUUCCGAGCCAGAAGGUGACGAUGAGCAGCAAGAUAGUCGCAGCGCCGGAAAGCGCUUAGACCCCGAUGACGGGCAAGAGGUCGGUAAAAAUGAAAAAGAGGGAGUGAAAAGGACGAGCGACGAUGGGAAUCGUGAUUUAGAUACUAAUGAACGGCAGCAGGCAAGAGGUGAUGAUGAAGCCGGUGACGAAGACGAGGACGGCGAUCCCGAAGGAGAUGACGAGGACGAAGAAGAAGAGGAGGAAGAGGAAGAAGAGGAAGCGGUUACCGGUCGCCCUCGAAAGCGCAGAAGACAUGGGCUCAAUGCUUUCAUUGAAGAGGAAGCAGAGGUUGAUGAUGAGGACGAGGCUGAAGAUGAAGAAGAGGAAAUGGAAAGCGGUUUCGUUCACCAUGACGAUGAGGUCGUCUUACCGGCUGGCGCAGAAACGGACGAUAGGCGCCAUCGUGAGCUUGACCGAAAGCGAGAUAUGGAUGCGACUAUGGACGCGGAACAGCAGGCACAGGCCCUCAAAGAGCGGUAUGGCCGAAACCGCGCUGCCGGUGAUGACCUUGUCGUCAUUCCUAAAAGGCUCCUCCUACCUAGCGUUGAUGACCCUAGUAUAUGGGGUGUCAAGUGUCGGCCAGGCAAAGAAAGGGAAAUUGUGUUCAGCAUUAUUAAACGAAUGGAAGAGCGCCCACCUGGUUCCAGAAACCCCAUUAAGAUCAUAUCUGCUUUUGAACGUGGCGGAACAAUGGCUGGCUACAUUUACGUAGAGGCCCGGAAGCAAGCGGAUAUUAUUGAUGCCCUGGACGGAAUGUCUAACAUCUACGUCAGGUCAAAGUUAACCUUAAUCUCAGUCAAAGAGAUGCCUGAUCUACUUCGCGUUAAAAAGUCAGAGGAGCUCACCCCCGGCGGUUGGGUCCGUAUCAAACGUGGAAGAUAUCAGGGUGACUUAGCACAGCUUGAAGAGGUCGAGACAAAUGGCCUCAACGUCACUGUCAGACUUGUCCCUCGUUUAGAAUACGGUCUUAAUGAAGACAGCAAUGCGCCAGCUGUUGACCCUAAGCGCAAGCGGGUUGGAGCAAGCAGCGCAAUCGCCCGACCUCCUCAGCGCUUGUUUAGCGAAGCAGAAGCGAAAAAGAGACACUCCAAGUAUCUUUCUGCGACGUCCAGCUUAGGCGGCAAGUCCUGGUCCUAUCUUGGAGAUACCUAUGUCGACGGCUUCCUUAUUAAAAACAUGAAGGUUCAACACCUAAUCACUAAGAAUGUUAACCCUCAACUUGAUGAAGUUACGAAAUUUGCCCGUGGUGCAGAUGACGGAACAUCGAACCUCGACCUUGCUUCUUUGGCUGCUACCAUUAAGAAUACGACCGAAGAGGACGCUUAUUUGGUUGGAGAUACGGUCGAAGUCUUUACUGGUGAACAGCGCGGUGUUGUGGGCCAAACUGUGUCAACCCGCGGCGACAUCGUUACCAUAAAGGUUUUGGAGGGAGAACUUCGAGGCCAGCAUAUUGACGUUCCCACCAAAGGCCUCCGAAAGAGAUUUAGUGAAGGUGACCAUGUCAAAGUCAUCGGUGGCAGCAAAUAUCGCGAUGAGUUGGGUAUGGUUGUCCGGAUCAAGGAUGACCGUGUUACUAUCCUUACAGAUAUGACCAUGCAAGAAAUUACCGUCUUUAGCAAGGAUUUGAGAGAAGCAGAUGAUAUUGGCGUUGACGGAAAAUUGGGUCAAUAUGACGUCCACGACUUGGUUCAAAUUGACCAAACAACUGUUGGAUGCGUCGUAAAACUUGACAGAGAGUCAAUGCGGGUCAUAGACCAGAACGGGUCAACCCAGAUUGUGCUCCCCUCGCAGAUUUUGGGCAAGAUUGAACAACGACGACAUGCAGUCACUACCGAUCGAAAUGGUUCCGAAAUCAAGUGUGGAGAUACCGUGAAAGAGGUGACUGGAGAGCAAAGGUCUGGUACUAUUCUGCAUAUUCACAGAGCGUUUCUCUUCUGCACCAGCAAGGUCGUUGGAGAUAAUGCCGGUAUAAUGGUCACAAGGGCGAUAAACGUUACCACUGUAGCAACCAGCGGUUCAAAAUUGAGCAGAUCCGCCCCAGAUCUAUCCAAGAUGAACCCUGCUCUACAGAAGAACGGGAUGAACGGUUCGGGCAUGCCGCCGCCUCGAACAUUCGGUAGGGACAGGCUUGUUGGGAAGACAGUUCAUAUUCGAAAGGGUCCAUAUAAGGGACUUCUUGGUAUUGUCAAAGAUACAACUGAUGUCAUUGCCCGAGUUGAGUUGCACUCGGUUUCAAAGGUCGUCCCUGUUGAGAAGGAGAAUCUUGCUGUCAAAGACCCCAUUACUGGACAGCCGGUGGAUAUCAACCGGUUUGGCGGUGGAAGAGGUGGUGCCCCCAGAGUUCCCCAAUCUAUGGCGACAGGGAGAGCCGGCCCCCAAGAUGCUGCUUGGCAGGGUGGUCGAACUCCAAUUGCCAUGGGCGAUUCGUCUCGGACACCUGCCUGGCGGGCGUCAUCUUCUAGAACUCCUGCUUGGAAUGCCGGUACUGGAUCCCGCACUCCAGCAUGGAAGGCAGAGGGCGCUCGUACCGCCAAUCCUUAUGAUGGGAACAGAACCUCGUAUGGCGGAUUUGGUGGACGCACUCCCGCCUGGACAUCUGGAACAAAAACUCCGCACGACUCUGGAUCCGGAUUUUCAGGGAACUCUUCCAACUCAGGCUUUGAUGCAUUCAUGGCAGGCUCUCGAACUCCAGGCCAUCCAAACGCAAUGUCAGCUAACAGCGGCUCACGCACUCCCGCAUGGGGCCACUCAGGAAGCUCUAGUUCUCAUCUUAACGCUAAUACCGGCAGAGCGUUUGAUGCUCCUACUCCUGGUGGUGACUACGCAGCUCCGUCUCCUGCACCAUACGGAAGUGCUCCUACCCCUGGUGCAUCUGCUGCAACUCCUCGUGCAUGGCCUGAUAAUGCGCCUACCCCUGGUGCUUCGACCUUUGCUGGAAAACGUAUGGACGGUGAUGCAUAUGAUGCUCCAACACCCGCUGGUGACCAUCGACCGUAUGACGCACCCACACCAGCAAUAGGGAUGGGCUUCCCUGCUACCCCUGGUGCCACGGACGACGCACCUCGGUAUGCAGAAGGCACUCCAAGUCCAUGA